AGUCGAUUUAUUAUUAAUAUUGAAGAAGAAGAUAGAGAAGAUGUUGUCAGGCUGUGCUUUCAGGUAGAACAAGCAUACUGGUUUUAUUUGGACUUUUUCUGUGCAGAAUCAGCCAAUAACCCGGCUAUGAAUAUGACUGGCUUUGCCAAGAUCAAUAUCCUUAACUAUUUUAUCAGUACAGAAUUUGCAUAUAAGGUAGACGAUAUCAUCCGAGAUUGGAAACAAUAUAAAAGUAAUAUUCCUGUUUACGGUGCCAUCUUAUUAGAUGAAAGCGUAGAAUACUGCUUAUUAGUGCAAGGGUUUUCGCGUAGCUGGAGCUUUCCCAAAGGCAAAAUUAACUAUGAGGAAGAUCCUUACAAAUGUGCCGUUAGAGAGGUAGAGGAAGAGACAGGAUUUGAUAUUGAACCGUUUGCAAACGUAUCAGAAUUUAUUGAAAGACAACUGCAUAAUCAGACUAUAAGACUUUAUAUCGUUCCUAAUGUUCCUAAAGAUACGAAAUUUCAACCGAAAACUAGACAUGAGAUUCGGAAAAUUGAAUGGUUUCGCAUCAAUGACUUACCAGUAAAUAAAAAGGUUUCAGAAGCUGACAGUAAGCGAGGCAUGAAACCUGCAUACUUUUUCUUGGUGAUUGCAUUCAUUAAGUAA